AUGUCAGUAUCUCGUUACCCAAUUGAGGAAUCCAGUUCAAUGUCAAAGAGAGUUAAGAUGGGCAUCCCACUAGUGUUAGGUUUUUCAAAUGAGGACAAACUUGGAACCAUACAGCCUCACGAUGAUGCUUUGGUGGUUACACUGGUGAUGAUCGACCAGGGCAGCGGAGCUAAGAUUAUGUAUCCGAACCUAUAUAAGGGGCUAAAUUUGAAACCUGAGAAUUUAACAGCUUAUGGUUCUCAUUUGGUGAGUUUUGAAGGUAAAAUGGUCAUUCCGAAGGGUCAAAUCCGACUACCCGUACAAACUGGUUCGGAUGUGGUGGAGGUAGACUUCAUUGUGGUAGAUAUUUUCUCUCCAUAUACGACUAUUAUGGGCAGACCCUGGCUUCAUACCCUGGAAGCUGUCUCCUCCACUCUUCACCAGAAGGUGAAAUAUCCCUCUGGAGGCCAGGUUUUGGAAAUAUUGGGAAGUCAGUCUACGGCCAUGCAAUUCCUGGUAGUGGCCAUCCAACAUAGGCCUGGGGCUGAAAUCUUGGCCAUUGCUGAGAAUGGUUUAUAG